AUGAUGAACAGAAAGCGCGCAGCGCCCUCGUCAGCCGUGACGGCUUCGUCCACGGCCUCACCGAGUGCCUCCAAGAAGAGGAAAACGGACAAUGUACAAAAGUUUUACGCCGUGCAGGUCGGCUUCCGGCCGGGCGUCUACACAACCUAUGCCGAGUGCGCGCAACAGACGGCAGGAUUUAAAGGAGCACUGUUUCGAUCAUUCAUUUCAAGGUCAGAUGCUGAAGCAUUUGCGGCUGGUCAAAAGGUCGCAACCACGUCAGAAGGACCAGCCAAGUACUACGCUGUAGCGGUGGGAAACCCAACAGGCAUCUUCAACGAGUGGGAUGAUGCGGCGGAAGCCAUCAAGGGUGUCAAGGGACCAAAGUACAAGCGGUUCAGCAGCCGCGCCGAAGCAGUCGACUAUAUUCGAGAGUAUGGGAGCAUGGAAGCUGUCAUGGCGCUUGGCGAGCGGCUUACGGGCGCAACAACCGGCGGCACGAAGAUUGACAUGCCGACGCAAGUAAAGAAGCCGACUAAGACGACGAGGGUACCGCCGCCGCUAGCCUUGCCCCAAGCACCGGCGGGUCUUAUCCGUGUGUACACGGACGGCAGCAGCCUGGCCAAUGGCAAAGCCGGGGCGCGUGCGGGCGUGGGCGUCUUUUUCGGGCCGGGAGACGAGCGCAACCUCUCGGAGCGGCUCGAGGGCGAGCCGCAGACGAACCAGCGGGCGGAGCUGAUGGCGAUGCUGCGGGCGCUGCAGACGUGCCCGGCGGGGGCGACGGUGCAGAUUGUCAGCGACAGCCAGUACUCGAUCAACUGCGUGACGCAGUGGGCGGCGAGCUGGAAGCGCAAAGGGUGGGUGACGGCGCAGGGCGAACCGGUCAAGAAUCAGGACAUUAUCCGGGCGGUACUGGCGCGCAUGGAGGAGCGCGGCAAGGCGGGCGGCGCGACGCAGUUCGAGUGGGUCAAGGGGCACGCGUCCGACAGAGGAAACCAGGCGGCAGAUGCCCUGGCCGUGCGAGGCGCAAAGAUGUAG